AUGUCCCAAUCCGUGCAACUACCAGCCAAACCGAAACAAUUCAUAUCUAGAAAUCAGGCAACAGUCACUUCGAACCUCUUCCCGAUGAGAAGAUUCCCAAAGGACGCACCUCCCUCCAUCUACGUGUACGACGUCACUAUCGAAGCAACCAAGCCAAAAGUUCGCAAUUGGAAGGAUAAUUUGCGGGCUAUGAGAUUCUUCCUCGCAAACGAGGUUAAUUACGGCUCCACGUGCGCGUACGAUGGUCAGUCCUUACUCUACAGCUCUCAGCCGCUGCCAUUCGACAGUGAAAUUUCUGUUAUCUUCAAUCUUCCUGCAGAAAGUGAGACCCCAAUUGUCGACAAGGCUACCGGAGAGAAAAAGGGUGCUGUAAACAAGAUAUCACUCAAGCCCGUGUCUGUGAUUUCCACCGAUAUCGCGAACAACAGUGGCGUUAAUGAGCUCAUCGCUGCCCUCAACACGGUCGUGAGAUACUGCGCUACCAUGACUCAUCCCUCGACCAAGGGUAUCUACUAUCCUAUCAAUGGUCGCAACCAAAAAAUGGAAUUCGGUGCAAAUCUCCUCCGCUCUUGGUUCACAACAACGAGAAUGUCCGCCAACGGUAUUAUCCUAAACGUCGAUACCAGUGUCAUCAAGUUGUUGCAAGAUGGCCCGCUCGACGUCGUCGCUGGUGAGCUCAUGGGUAUGAGAGGCCAAAUAAACAUGACUGUCGGUCCAAGGGGUCGUAUGAACAACAAUCAAAGACGUAUGCUCGAGAAGAAGCUCAAAAAGGUCAAGGUCGUAACUAAUCACAACAAAAAUCGCCCAAUGACCUUUAUGGUUCAGGAGGUUUCCGAGAAAAACGCCGACGAAUUUGUCUUUGAAGGCUCAGAUGGUGUUGCAAUCAGUAUCUCAGAAUACCUGAUGAAAACCUACAACCUUAGACUUAGAUAUCCCGAGCUCCCAGUUAUCGGAAAGAGCAGAUCGGUCUUCGUCCCAAUGGAACUAUUAAACGUCUUACCCGGCCAGAUCCAUCCCGAGAAAGGAAUGACGUCUGGUCAAACAUCACAAAUGAUGAACUUCUGUAAAGUUAAGCCUUUUCAAAGACUGCAAGAGUCCACCGAUCAAGUCACGUCACUGAGUAGACACAAUCACAUUAUGGACAAAUUCGGAUUCGAAAUCAACCCCAAACCUGUCGAAUGCCAGGCAUCAAUCAUCGAUCCACCUCAACUGGAAUUUGACAGACGGUUGUUAUCACCAAACCCACAAGAAGGUGAAUGGGACAGACCAUCUCAAAAUAUGCGCUUUUACGCACCCGCCAAAAUCAAGAGCUGGAUGUUAAUAUGUUUCGGAAGACAAGAAGACUACAGAUGGCUCGGAGGUUUUCUCAGAGGCUUACGUGACAUGUGCUCGAAGCGCGGAAUGAGUGUACCUUAUGAGCCGGAGGUGGUUUUUUUAAGAAGCGAGAACGCAAGAUUCGACGAAAUCAUGGCUGACUUGCGUCACUUCUGGGACAGGAAUCCAAGAAUGGAUUUCGUUCUCUCCACCUGUAAGUUUGAGAAGUCGAAUGCAUACCGAGCCAUCAAGCACUUCUGUGACAUAACUGUUGGAGUGCCAUCUCAAUUCCUUUUGUCGAAGAAGGCGUCCAGUGCGAAGCCAACGUAUAUCUCUAACUUGGUACUUAAGAUAAACGUCAAAGCAGGUGGUAUUAACCAAACUCUGGGUACUCCGAACCCAUAUUUUGCACACAAGGACAAGGUUAUCUGCUUCGGUGUUGAUGUCACACACCCAGCGCCUGGAUCAUCAAGCGCCGUUUCAAUUGCUGGUAUCGUCUCUAAUACGGAUCAGCGCUGCUCGAAAUUCGUCGGCUCUGAGCUGGCUCUUGGUGCGCGCGAGGAGAUUAUUGAAAAUCUCAAGAAUGUAAUCAAGAGACAUGUGAAGACGUACUCGGAGAACAACGGCAAUGCUAUACCAAGACACGUCCUCUAUCUGAGAGAUGGUGUUUCAGACGGUCAAUACAAGGAGGUACUCCAGCACGAGAAAGGAGCAAUCAUGCAAGCGUAUCGUGAAAUAACUGGUGGCAGGACACCAGUAUUAACGUUUGUAGUCGGACAGAAGAGACACCAUGUUCGUUUUGCUCCACUUAGAAAUCAACCACAAGAUAGAUCAGGUAAUUGCAGAAGCGGCACUAUUAUCGAUCAUCCAAGCGUCACUAGAGCGGAUCAAUUCGAAUUUUACGCUUACACUCACUCAGGUUUGAUGGGUACUUCUAGACCUUGUAGAUAUGUUGUUUUGCACGAUGACUUUGGCUUCGACAUCAACACGCUCGGACAGACUAUCUACGCGACAUGCUUUACGUAUCAGAUCGCAACGAGAGCUGUAUCUCUCGCUACGCCUGUAUACUACGCUCACAAGCUAGCUGAGAGAGCCCGUCUUCACUUGAAUGACGGACAAUCUAUGACUGAAUCUGGUUCAAGGGGCUCAGGCUCUUCUGCAAAUAUACCAGGUUCGGGACCUACGUCUUUGUUUGAACCUCACAUUAACAUUCGCAAUUUACCUUACUUUGUUUAA